AUGAGUGAAUUCACGCAAACUGCCACUGUGACGCAGCAGCAAACCGUCGUCCAGCCGUACAUACGGUACGACCCGGAGUACGUCCGGACCAUCCCGGGCAUCGUGAAGAUUGUGUGCAUCGUGCUCAAUCUCAUCGGGUUCAUCUGCAUCGAGUUUUCGUACUUUAGCUACCGGCCGCAGGGUUCCUUCUUCAACACGAUCGCAAUGCUUGGGUUUUGGUUUAGCGGCAUCAUGCUCGUCUUCUACCUGUUUCACGUUUGUGAAAAGUUUCACAAAAUCCCCUGGUUAAAAAUAGAACUGUACUUCUGUGCCGCCUGGGCGGCAAUGUACAUGAUAGCGUCCUCGGUGGCGGCCGCCACCAGCAUCGAAGCGUUCCAGGCAGCAGCUUUCUUCGGCUACUGUGCCAUGAUCGGCUAUGGUGUGGAUGCAUUUCUCAAGUUCAAAAGUGUCCGUGCGGGUGAAAUCGCGCAAGGCUCACGAACCGUCCACGUACAGCAGCAACAGCAAACGGUUUCGACGUUAACCGCCUAA